UAAUAGUCAUUUCUACUAGUUGUUAGCUAGUUUAUUUGUUUUCAGGGUUCCAGUUAACCGGAAAAAUAGAAGUCAGUUUCUGUAUUUUCUUGUUGAUGAGCUUCAGUCUUUGGUUUCGGUUUUUGUGUGAUUAUAUAUGGAAUACGUAAUCGAUUAUUUUGCUAUGUUGAUGGAUUUCAUUUCAAUUUAGGUUUUAGCUUUUCGUGUAAGGGUUUCUGUUAGUUUUGAGGUAUAAAUUUGAUUGUCGGGAUAAUAUUGGGGUCAUGGCUGCGACUUUGACGUCUGGGAUUCAUUGAAACAAAGCUUUCUCAGAUGAGGUUUACUACAAAACGGCAAAUUUUCAUUUUGAAAGUAUGCAAGAGUCUUCCAGGCUGAUAUCUGGGCCUAUUUGUUUCUAAUUUUACUAGAAUUGAUGAAUCGGAACCAUAGAAAUAAAAUGUGCAAAGAUGUAUGGGCAACUUUUAUGAUGUAAGAGAUGCUCCAUGUACAGGGCCGGCCCUGAGCCUAGGCGAACCAGGCUCAGAUUUUAGGGGCCUCAAACCAAAUUUAUGUAGGCCUGCAGAUAUAAAAAAAAAAAAAAAAAAAAAGGACAUCGUGUUCUUUGUUUGUCCCUCUCCUCCUCUCUCAGUUUGUUCCUCUCCGCCUUGGAGUGUUCUCGGUUUCUCCCUCUCGGUCCAGAACUCCAGAUCAGUGCGAGAAGUUCUGGAAUGAAGCUAAAAAUCUGAAUCCGAUCUCCAUUUCUCCCUUUCCUCGAUUCCAUUCCUCCCGUUUUACUUCAGAUGUGCCUUUUGGUAUAUUGUUGAUUUAGCAUCCUUGGAUGAUUAAGAUUUUUUUCCAGCAGACACCAAACUAGCUCUUAAAAUGAAACCAAAAACUACUGGUGUGCCUAGAUCUCAGAAGUCGAAACCUUUUCAGGGUGAUGGACCUAAUUGGGUUCUUAUUGCCGGCGGUGCCUUAUUAAGUACGUUAUCGAUACGUCUUGGCUACAAACUGAAGCAAGCACUUGACAUAAAACAGCAGGAGAAUGCUAGUAAUGGAAGUGGAAAAUCCUCUGACAGAAGGAUGCCUGCAGGUUGCCACAUGCACUCAAAUGUUUAUUCCUUUACACAACAAGAUGAUGGCAGUUGCUUUAAUUGCAUUUCAGGAACUGAGAGCAUGAUGGAGAUGAAGUGCCUGCCUAAUGGCCAGAUGCUGACUGAAUCUGAUGGAACCUUGCCUUUGGUGACGGUUCCAGCCCCUCAAUUUAACAAGGAGAAUGGCAUCAUCUGGGCAUCUUCUCCUGAUCGCCUUGAGAUGCCUCCAAAGCCCUUCCUACACCAUUCAAAUUGCUCAGAUUCUCCAUGUGUUUCAGACUCUGGCUCUGACAUCUUCAGUAAGCGGGAAGUAAUACAAAAACUUAGGCAACAAUUGAAGAGAAGAGAUGACAUGAUCCUAGAGAUGCAGGAUCAGAUUGUAGAGUUGCAGAAUUCACUGAAUGCUCAGCUGUCACAUUCUGCCCAUUUGCAAUCACAGCUUGAUGCAGCAAAUAGGGACUUUUUUGAUUCUGAGAGAGAAAUCCAAAGGCUUAGGAAGGCGAUUGCAGAUCAUUGUGUGGGACAUGUGAGCUCCAACGACAAACUAGCCCCGGCAACUAUAUGGCAAUCUGAAGUAAGAAACGGUCAUGGAAAUGGGUGUCUUGAUGGGGAAAACAAUCUUGAUGCCUCAGAAAAAGGAAGAGGGGGGGAUGGAGGGAGGGUUGAAAUGCUGAGGAGGGAAGUAGGAGAAUUGAAGGAAGUGAUAGAUGGAAAGGAGUACUUGCUGCAGAACUACAAGGAGCAGAAAGCAGAGCUCUCACUGAAAAUCAAAGAGUUGCAGCAGAGACUAGAUUCUCAACUUCCCAAUAUUUUGUAGGCACUUAUAGUUGUGUAUUCUUGCUCAUUUUCUUUGGUUUGAGGUCUCCAGCUCAGAAGCUUCUUUUUCCUCCUUUCUCUCCUCACCGUACCUAGUUUAGCUUAAUUCUUUGAUGUGCUUGUAUGCAACUUGGUAAUGAAUGAGAGGGGGUUUGGACAGGCAGAAGCUUGCACAUGGUCGCGGGUUGCUUUUGUGAUUUGUUUUGUUUGUUUUUUCUUUCAUUU